AUGUCUCGUGUCCCUGCAGAGCCCCCUGCUUUCCGUGACCCUGUCAUUUCCCCCUACUAUUCGUCAAACGAUAACGGUCUUCCCGACGAAUUCGUUCCCCGAUGCAAAGCACACAUCUUAAAGAUGGCGGAGAUAGUCCAAGCGGAGGAGGAAGAAGUAUCCAGGCUUAAACUCGAACUCGAGGAAUCACUCCGGCGACUCCAACUCGCAACUGACGAAUACACCUCCUGCCAAUCACUUCUCUCUCCCAUCCGACGCGUGCCAACGGAAAUCUUCUCCACCAUCUUCAUCCACAUCCUCGAGCUCGACUCGGGUCCGCGCAUCCUCUCUCCACAGGAUGUCAUCCAGCUGCGGGACUUGAUGCUGGUUUGCAAGAAGUGGAGGAAAGUAGCGCUUGUAACGCCCGAGCUUUGGUGCGGCCUGGAAUUCAACUUGUUCUGGGAGAUGGCUGGCAAAAGUAUAAACCCAGAGGCCGCUCGGUACAUCCUUGAGCGGUGGUUCGAUCGCGCGGGCACGCGAAGUCUCCGACUCGCUCUGGGAGGGAUGUAUUUCACGCCAGACGAGCGUUUUCCUCUUCGUCCAUUCCUCCUUAGCCCCCAUCGCAGGUGGCACACCUUGACCCUCGAACAUCUCUCACUCCACUGCGCAGAGAGCAUAUUUUCUCCAAUCAAAGGCGUAGACGGUCACGGGGGAGAUACUAGCAGGGGUGUUGUCGAGCCCGCACUGGAAUGUCUUCAAGAACUCGGUCUGUACUUCGACCACGACGAACUCUUGACAUUCGACCUAUCUAUCCUGCCCAGUCUCAAAAGACUGACAAUCGAAAAUGUACGGCCACCCUUCAGCUUUCCUCCCACCCUUCGAUGCCUCCACAUCCACGGUUUCUCCGCCCCUCGCAGUCUGCUCAUCGAAGCGCUCGGUCAACUUCCAGAACUCCAAGAGCUUGAACUAAAUGGCGUCGGGCCCAUCGACUUAGGUCCCUCGGGUCCAGCCCUACACCCGACCGAAGCAGCCAUCUUGGACAACCUCCCGGUCACAACAUUCCGCCUUCGCGAAGCCUUGAGCCUCCGAGUCUACCAACUCCUCGAAACAGGACUCCGAUUUCCCCGCCUCGAGAGGUGUGAAUUUGGCAAAAUCACCCUUUACGAAGAAGCUGAGAUAGCUCUUGUUCGGAACACGAUACCGACAUUUCUCAAUCAUAGUCCUGGACUACAAGAGAUUGACUUUACCUCGUCGACCCUACGCUCCCCGCUGAUCGCCGAAAUCAUUUCCAAGACUCGACCUCUUGUCAAACGGAUCCUUGUUCACGAUUUCUCCUUCAUCGCCAACAUGAAGCUGCCGCCAAAGGUCACCUUGAGUGGAUUGGAGUCGCUCGUGGCGGUAGAGCCGCCGUCAGAAGGGUUGCUGGAGAGGAUUGUGGGGUUUUUUGGGCGUAGGAAAGAGUGUAUCCGGAAAAGGCAGGUCACUGGUGGAACCACGGUUCGGUUGUAUGUGCAGGAUGGGUGGCCGAAGUAUAUACUUGCCCGCCGGAAUUGGGUGAAGCAGUUCGAAGAGGUUGGGGUUCAGGUUGCAACCACGCCAUACCAUGCGUACAGUGCCGGACAGAUAAACAAGGAAACCUGGCCUAAUUCGCGUAAAAAUGCAAUCUCCGAAAAUGACCCAGUCACGUGA